ACUCCUCUUUGCUUUUACAGCGGAAACCUCCAAUGGUGGUGGAUGAUCUUUUUGAAGACAUGAAAGAUGGUGUUAAACUGCUUGCCCUUCUGGAGGUCCUGUCUGGGCAGAAACUGCCUUGUGAACAAGGACGCCGGAUGAAGCGAAUCCAUGCUGUGGCUAACAUCGGCACGGCACUCAAGUUCCUUGAAGGAAGAAAGGUAAAAGGGAACAUAAGUUUCAUGCUAUUUGGUACAAACUUCAAAAUUAAAUUAGUCAACAUCAACUCCACCGAUAUAGCUGAUGGGCGACCCUCAAUAGUUCUUGGAUUGAUGUGGACCAUUAUUCUGUAUUUCCAGAUCGAAGAGUUGACCAGCAACCUGCCCCAGCUCCAGUCUUUGUCCAGCAGUGCAUCCUCCGUGGACAGCUUAGUUAGCUCUGAGACUCCCAGCCCUCCAAGUAAACGGAAGGUGACCACCAAGAUCCAAGGGAAUGCUAAGAAGGCUUUAUUAAAGUGGGUUCAGUACACGGCUGGGAAGCAGACUGGAAUAGAAGUAAAGGAUUUUGGGAAGAGUUGGAGAAGUGGGGUUGCCUUUCAUUCAGUUAUUCAUGCCAUUCGACCUGAACUGGUGGACUUGGAGAAAGUGAAAGGAAGAUCCAACCGAGAAAAUCUGGAGGAUGCUUUCACUAUUGCGGAAACAGAGCUGGGGAUCCCAAGACUGCUAGAUCCUGAAGAUGUUGAUGUGGAUAAACCAGAUGAAAAGUCUAUUAUGACCUAUGUCGCCCAGUUUCUGAAACAUUAUCCCGACAUCCACAAUGCAGGCACUGAUGGGCAAGAGGAUGAUGAAAUACUUCCAGGUUUCCCAUCUUUUGCAAAUUCUAUACAAAAUUUUAAGAGAGAAGACAGGCUAAUCUUGAAGGAAAUGAAGGUUUGGAUAGAACAAUUUGAGAGAGAUUUGACAAGAGCACAGAUGGUGGAGUCAAAUUUACAGGAUAAAUAUCAGUCAUUUAAGCACUUCAGAGUUCAAUAUGAAAUGAAAAGGAAACAGAUUGAACAUUUAAUACAGCCAUUACAUAGAGACGGAAAAUUGUCACUUGACCAAGCAUUGGUAAAACAAUCUUGGGAUAGAGUGUCCUCCAGGCUCUGUGAUUGGCAUAUACAGCUUGAUAAAUCUCUUCCGGCACCUCUGGGCACCAUAGGUGCCUGGCUAUACAGAGCAGAGGUGGCCCUGAGAGAGGAAAUAACCAUUCAGCAGGUCCACGAGGAAACAGCAAACACAAUACAACGGAAACUUGAGCAACAUAAGGAUCUGCUUCAAAACACAGAUGCCCACAAAAGAGCAUUCCAUGAAAUCUACCGGACUAGGUCUGUUAACGGGAUUCCAGUGCCACCUGAUCAAUUAGAGGACAUGGCCGAGAGGUUUCAUUUUGUUUCCUCCACAUCAGAGCUACACCUAAUGAAAAUGGAAUUUCUAGAAUUAAAGUACCGUCUGCUCUCACUGCUGGUUCUUGCAGAGUCAAAGCUGAAGUCCUGGAUCAUUAAGUAUGGGAGGAGAGAGUCAGUGGAGCAGCUUCUACAGAACUACGUGUCUUUUAUAGAAAAUAGCAAGUUCUUUGAACAAUAUGAAGUGACAUACCAGAUCUUGAAACAGACAGCCGAAAUGUAUAUCAAAGCAGAUGGUUCAGUGGAGGAAGCUGAGAAUGUAAUGAAAUUCAUGAAUGAAACCACUGCUCAGUGGCGAAAUCUCUCAGUAGAAGUUAGGAGUGUGAGGAGCAUGCUGGAAGAAGUGAUCUCUAACUGGGAUCGCUAUGGCAAUACAGUGGCUAGUCUGCAAGCCUGGCUAGAGGAUGCUGAAAAAAUGCUCAAUCAAUCAGAAAAUGCCAAAAAGGAUUUUUUUCGAAAUUUACCUCAUUGGAUUCAGCAGCAUACUGCCAUGAACGAUGCUGGCAAUUUUCUCAUUGAAACCUGUAAUGAGAUGGUUUCCCGUGACCUGAAGCAGCAAUUACUAUUGCUAAAUGGGCGGUGGAGGGAGUUGUUUAUGGAAGUCAAGCAAUAUGCUCAAGCUGAUGAGAUGGACAGAAUGAAGAAGGAGUACACAGACUGUGUUGUUACCCUGUCUGCUUUUGCAACGGAAUCCCAUAAGAAACUUUCUGAACCCUUAGAAGUCUCUUUUAUGAAUGUCAAGUUACUAAUUCAAGACUUGGAGGAUAUUGAGCAGAGGGUGCCUGUGAUGGAUGCCCAAUACAAGAUAAUUACAAAGACAGCACACCUGAUUACCAAAGAAAGCCCCCAAGAAGAAGGAAAAGAAAUGUUUGCAACCAUGUCAAAGCUCAAAGAACAGCUAACCAAGGUCAAAGAAUGUUACUCCCCACUCCUUUAUGAGUGUCAGCAGCUGUUGAUUCCGUUGGAGGAAUUAGAAAAGCAGAUGACGUCCUUUUAUGACUCACUUGAGAAAAUCAACGAAAUUAUCACAGUUCUUGAGCAUGAGGCACAAUCUAGUGCUCUUUUUAAACAAAAGCAUCAGGAACUGUUAGCUUGUCAAGAUAACUGCAAGAAAACCUUGACACUUAUUGAGAAAGGCAGUCAAAGUGUUCAAAAGUUUGUGACGUUGAGCAACGUGUUAAAGCAUUUUGAUCAGACGAGGCUACAAAGACAGAUUGCAGAUGUUCAUGUUGCUUUUCAGAGUAUGGUGAAGAAAACCGGAGAUUGGAAGAAGCAUGUAGAAACCAACAGUCGCUUGAUGAAGAAGUUUGAGGAAUCUCGGGCAGAGUUGGAGAAGGUGCUGCGGAUUGCUCAAGAGGGCCUGGAGGAAAAGGGGGAUCCGGAGGAGCUCCUGCGGAGACACACUGAGUUUUUCAGUCAGCUGGAUCAGAGGGUGCUCAAUGCCUUCCUGAAAGCUUGUGAUGAACUCACCGACAUCCUCCCAGAGCAGGAGCAGCAGGGGCUGCAGGAAGCUGUUCGAAAGCUCCACAAACAAUGGAAGGAUCUUCAAGGAGAAGCCCCUUAUCAUUUGCUUCAUCUGAAGAUUGAUGUGGAGAAGAAUAGGUUCUUAGCCUCUGUAGAAGAAUGCAGAGCUGAGCUGGAUCGAGAGACCAAGCUGGUGCCCCAGGAAGGCAGUGAAAAGAUAAUUAAAGAGCACAGGGUUUUCUUCAGUGACAAAGGUCCUCAUCAUCUCUGUGAGAAAAGGUUACAGCUCAUCGAGGAACUCUGUGUGAAACUCCCAGUCCGGGACCCAGUAAGGGACACACCUGAAACCUGUCAUGCGACUCUCAAAGAGCUCAGAGCUGCCAUUGACAGCACCUACAGGAAGCUCAUGGAAGACCCAGACAAGUGGAAGGACUACACGAGCAGAUUCUCUGAGUUCUCAUCUUGGAUAUCUACAAAGGAGACACAAUUAAAGGGGAUCAAGGGUGAGGCCAUCAAUACUGCCAAUCAUGGAGAAGUUAAAUGUGCUGUUGAAGAGAUCAGAAAUGGUAUUACCAAAAGGGGCGAGACCCUCGGCUGGCUGAAAUCCAGGCUGAAAGUUUUGACUGAAGUUUCUUCUGAGAAUGAAGCCCAAAAGCAGGGAGAUGAGCUGGCAACAUUAUCCAGCUCGUUCAAGGGUCUCUCAACGUUGCUGUCAGAGGUUGAAAAGAUAGUAAGCAACUUUGGGGACUGUGUCGAGUACAAAGAAAUAGUGAAAAAUUCUCUUGAAGAAUUAAUUUCUGGCUCUAAAGAAGCCCAGGAACAAGCUGAGAAGAUCUUGGAUACUGAAAAUCUGUUUGAAGCACAGCAGUUACUUCUUCAUCACCAGCAAAAGACAAAGCGGAUCUCAGCAAAGAAGAAAGAUGUGCAGCAGCAGAUCGCGCAGGCGCAGCAGGGAGAAGGGGGGCUGCCUGACAGAGGCCGUGAGGAGCUGCGGAAGCUGGAGAGUACCCUGGACGGCCUGGAGCGCAGCCGGGAGAGACAGGAGCGCCGUAUCCAGGUCACAUUAAGAAAAUGGGAACGUUUUGAAACAAACAAAGAAACAGUAGUAAGAUACCUUUUUCAAACAGGUUCCAGUCAUGAACGCUUCUUGAGUUUUAGCAGUUUGGAAAGUUUAUCUUCAGAAUUGGAACAAACAAAGGAGUUUUCUAAACGGACAGAAAGUAUUGCAGUCCAGGCUGAGAACCUUGUAAAGGAAGCUUCAGAGAUACCACUUGGGCCCCAAAACAAGCAGCUGCUUCAACAGCAGGCCAAGUCAAUCAAAGAGCAAGUCAAAAAAUUAGAAGACACGCUUGAAGAAGAUAUUAAAACCAUGGAAAUGGUGAAAACCAAGUGGGAUCAUUUUGGCAGUAAUUUUGAGACUCUGUCCACCUGGAUAACUGAGAAAGAAAAAGAACUCAAUGGCUUGGAAACUUCAUCAUCUGCCAUGGACAUGCAAAUCAGCCAAAUUAAGGUCACAAUUCAGGAAAUAGAAAGUAAGCUCAGCAGCAUUAUAGGAUUAGAAGAAGAAGCCCAGUCUUUUGCUCAAUUUGUUACCACUGGAGAAUCUGCUCGAAUUAAAGCCAAGCUGACACAAAUAAGAAGAUACUGGGAAGAACUUCGAGAGCAUGCACAGUGUCUGGAAGGAACAAUCCUGGGACAUUUAUCCCAGCAGCAAAAGUUUGAAGAGAACCUUAGAAAGAUCCAGCAAUCUGUGUCUGAAUUUGAAGAUAAACUUGCUAUUCCAAUUAAAAUAUGUUCUUCAGCUACAGAAACAUACAAAGUUCUUCAAGAACAUAUGGAUCUCUGCCAGGCCCUGGAGUCCCUGAGCAGCCCGAUCACUGCCUUCUCAGCCAGUGCCAGGAAAGUUGUGAACAGAGACUCCUGUGUUCAGGAGGCUGCGGCUCUACAACAGCAAUACGAGGGCACCCUAAGGAAGGCGAAGGAGAGACAGACUGCGCUGGAGAACCUGCUGGCCCACUGGCAGAGGCUAGAGAAAGAACUAUCAUCCUUUCUGACUUGGUUAGAGCGUUGUGAAGCUAUAGCCAGUUCCCCAGAAAUGGACAUUUCUGCAGACAGAGUCAAAGUGGAAAGUGAACUUCAGUUAAUUCAGGCACUGCAAAAUGAAGUUCUAUCCCAGGCCUCAUUCUAUAGCAAACUUUUGCAACUGAAGGAAUCAUUGUUUUCGGUAGCCUCCAAAGAGGAUGUGAAAAUGCUGAAACUACAUUUGGAGCAGUUGGAUGAGAGAUGGAGAGAUUUACCCCAGAUAAUUAACAAAAGGAUUAAUUUUCUUCAGUCUGUGGUUGCUGAACACCAGCAAUUUGAUGAGCUGCUGCUUUCCUUUUCUAUCUGGAUUAAGCUGUUUCUCAGUGAAUUACAAGCUACUUCUGAGAUUAGCAUAAUGGACCAUCAAGUAGCUCUUACUCGCCACAAGGACCACACAGCAGACGUAGAGAGCAAAAAGGGCGAAUUGCAGAGUCUGCAGGGUCACUUAGCAAAGCUGGGUUCUCUGGGCCGAGCUGAGGACCUCCAUCUCCUGCAGGGCAAGGCUGAGGACUGCUUCCAACUGUUUGAGGAGGCCAGCCAGGUUGUGGAGAGGCGGCAGCUUGCCCUGUCCCAUUUGGCAGAAUUCCUCCAGAGCCAUGCCUCUCUGUCCAGUGUUCUCCACCAGCUGAGGCAAAUGGUGGAAGCAACCAACAGUAUGAAUAAGAACCAGUCUGAUCUGAUAGAAAAGAACCUCAAUGAUGCUAUUCAAGAUGCUAAAGCAUUAGAAUCUACUGCCGUCAGUCUUGAUGGUAUUCUUUCCAAAGCCCAAUACCAUCUGAAAAGUGGGAGCUCUGAGCAGAGGACUUCCUGCAGAGCCACGGUUGAUCAGCUCUUUGGAGAGUUAGAGAGGAUCCAGAACCUUCUGGGAACCAAGCAGAGUGAGGCAGAUGCCCUUGCAGUGUUGAAAAAAGCAUUCCAAGACCAGAAAGAGGAGCUGCUGAAAAGCAUUGAGAGCAUUGAAGAAAGGACUGACAAAGAACGAUUGAAGGAACCUACUCGCCAAGCUCUUCAGCAGAGCCCACUUUCCCCUUUAAAUGUUGAAGCCCUCAAAAUCAUCUUUGGAGAAAGGUUAAGAGUGUUUAAUCAACUAGAAGAUGAAUUGAAUUCUCAUGAGCAUGAACUAUGUUGGUUGAAAGACAAAGCCAAGCAAAUUGCCCAGAAAGAUGUAGCUUUUGCACCUGAAGUUGACAGGGAGAUAAACCGCUUAGAGGUCACCUGGGAUGAUACUAAAAGACUAAUUCAUGAAAAUCAGGGUCAAUGCUGUGGACUAAUUGACUUAAUGAGAGAAUAUCAGAACCUAAAGUCAGCUGUAUCUAAAGUCCUGGAAAAUGCCAGCAGUGUGAUUGUAACCAGAACUACCAUAAAAGAUCAGGAGGAUCUUAAAUGGGCCUUUUCCAAGCAUGAAACUGCCAGGAACAAAAUGAAUUAUAAACAGAAAGACUUGGAUAACUUUACCAGCAAAGGAAAACACUUGUUGUCUGAGCUGAAAAAAAUUCACAGUAGUGAUUUCAGCUUGGUGAAAGCAGACAUGGAGAGCACCGUGGACAAAUGGCUGGAUGUAGCAGAGAAACUUGAAGAAAACAUGGACAGGCUGAGAGUAAGCCUGUCCAUUUGGGAUGAUGUACUCUUAAGUAAAGAUGAGAUCGAGGGAUGGUCAAACAACUCUGUUCCACAGAUGGCAGAAAACAUCAGCAACCUGAGUAACCACCUCAGAGCCGAAGAACUGCUUAAAGAAUUUGAGUCUGAAGUUAAAAACAAAGCAUUGAGAUUGGAAGAACUGCAUUCCAAAGUUAAUGAUCUUAAAAAAUUAACUAAAAAUCCAGAAACACCGCCAGACCUUCGGUUUAUAGAAGCAGACUUAAGGCAGAAACUGGAGCAUGCCAAAGAAAUAACUGAAGUAGCAAAAGGAACCUUGAAGGAUUUCACUGCUCAAAGUACACAAGUGGAGAAAUUUAUUAAUGAUGUAACAACAUGGCUCACAAAAGUGGAAGAAUCGUUGAUGAACUGUGCCCAAACUGAGACUUGUGAAGGACUGAAAAAAGUCAAGGAUAUACAAAAAGAACUUCAAAGUCAACAAAGCAACAUCAGCUCUACCCAAGAAAAUCUCAAUAGCUUGUGCCGCAAGUACCACUCAGCUGAGUUGGAGAACCUGGGCCGUGCAAUGACUGGUCUGAUAAAGAAACACGAAGCUGUGAGCCAGCUGUGCUCCAAAACCCAGGCCAGCCUGCAGGACUCUCUGGAAAAACACUUCAGUGAGUCUAUGCAGGAAUUCCAAGAAUGGUUUUUGGGAGCAAAGGCAGCAGCAAAAGAAUCGUCAGAUCGCACUGGUGACAGCAAGGUUCUAGAAGCAAAGCUCCAAGAUCUUCAGAGCAUAUUGGACUCAGUCAGUGAUGGGCAGAGCAAACUUGAUGCAGUGACUCAAGAAGGACAAACUUUGUAUGCACAUUUGUCUAAACAAAUUGUCAGUAGCAUUCAGGAACAAAUCACAAAGGCCAAUGAAGAGUUUCAAGCAUUUCUGAAACAAUGUCUCAAAGAUAAACAGGCUCUUCAAGACUGUGCUUCAGAACUUGGCAGCUUUGAAGAUCAGCACAGAAAACUGAACUUAUGGAUCCAUGAAAUGGAAGAAAGGCUAAAUACAGAAAACUUGGGAGAGAGUAAACAGCACAUUCCUGAGAAGAAAAACGAAGUUCAUAAAGUUGAAAUGUUUCUGGGAGAACUGCUGGCAGCAAGAGAGUCUCUUGAUAAGCUUUCCCAGAGAGGGCAGCUUCUGAGUGAGGAAGGCCAUGGUGCCGGGCAGGAGGGCCGCCUGUGUUCCCAGCUCCUAACGAGCCACCAGAACCUACUUAGAAUGACCAAAGAGAAACUCCGGAGCUGCCAGGUAGCCCUGCAGGAGCAUGAAGCCCUGGAGGAAGCACUGCAGAGCAUGUGGUCCUGGGUGAAGGCAAUUCAGGACAGACUGGCCUGUGCAGAGAGCACUCUUGGAAGCAAAGACACCUUGGAGAAACGGCUGUCACAAAUACAGGAUAUUCUCCUGAUGAAAGGUGAAGGGGAAGUUAAGUUGAAUAUGGCCAUCGGCAAGGGGGAACAGGCCUUGAGAAGCAGCAACAAAGAAGGUCAGAGGGUGAUUCAGACACAGCUAGAGACCCUUAAAGAAGUGUGGGCUGACAUCAUGAGCUCCUCCGUCCAUGCUCAGAGCACUUUAGAGUCUGUGAUUAGCCAAUGGAAUGACUAUCUAGAGAGGAAAAACCAGUUGGAGCAAUGGAUGGAAUCAGUGGAUCAAAACGUAGAACAUCCCUUACAACCACAGCCAGGUCUGAAAGAGAAGUUCGCCCUGCUUGACCGUCUCCAGUCCGUCCUGUCUGAGGCGGAAGAUCACUCCAGAGCCCUUCACCGUCUAAAUGCAAAGUCCAGGGAGCUCUACGAGAAGACAGAGGAUGAGUCUUUCAAGGACACAGCUCAAGAGGAGUUGAAAACACAGUUUACUGAUAUAAUGACUGUUGCCAAGGAAAAAAUGAGGAAAGUGGAAGAGAUUGUGAAAGACCAUCUAAUGUAUUUAGAUGCGGUCCAGGAGUUUACAGAUUGGCUCCAUUCAGCCAAGGAAGAACUUCACCGGUGGUCAGAUAUGUCUGGAGAUUCAUCAGCCACCCAGAAAAAGUUGUCAAAAAUUAAGGAGCUGAUAGAUUCCAGAGAGAUUGGUGCAAGCCGCCUCAGCAGAGUGGAGUCGCUGGCUCCUGAAGUGAAACAGAACACAACUGCCAGUGGGUGUGAGCUCAUGCACACGGAGAUGCAGGCCCUGCGUGCCGACUGGAAGCAGUGGGAAGACAGUGUCUUCCAAACGCAGAGCCGUUUGGAGGACCUGGUCAGCCAGAUGGCCCUUUCGGAGCAGGAGUUCUCGGGCCAAGUGGCUCAACUGGAGCAGGCCCUGGAAGAGUUCAGCGCUCUUCUGAAAACCUGGGCUCAGCAGUUAACCCUCCUGGAAGGCAAGAACACGGAUGAGGAGAUAGUGGCAUGCUGGCACAAAGGACAAGAGAUACUGGAUGCUUUACAAAAAGCAGAGCCUAGAACAGAGGAUCUCAAGUCUCAGCUGAAUGAACUUUGUCGAUUUUCCAGAGACCUGAGUACUUACAGUGGAAAAGUUUCUGGGUUAAUUAAAGAGUAUAAUUGUCUUUGUUUGCAAGCAUCCAAGGGCUGCCAGAAUAAAGAACAGAUUUUACAACAAAGAUUUCGAAAAGCCUUCAGGGAUUUCCAGCAGUGGUUGGUUAAUGCAAAAAUCACUACUGCCAAGUGUUUUGAUAUACCUCAAAAUAUUAGUGAAGUUUCAACUAGUCUUCAGAAAAUACAGGAGUUUAUGUCGGAAAGUGAAAAUGGGCAGCACAAGCUAAACAUGAUGCUGUCUAAAGGGGAACUUCUGAGCACCCUGCUGGCCAAAGAGAAAGCCAAAGGGAUCCAGGCCAAAGUUGCAGCCGCAAAAGAAGAUUGGAAAAAUUUUCAUUCAAGUCUCCACCAAAAAGAAUCUGCUCUAGAGAAUCUAAAGAUCCAAAUGAAGGACUUUGAAGUAAGUGCUGAGCCUAUCCAGGACUGGCUGAGUAAAACUGAGAAGAUGGUCCAAGAAAGCAGCAAUCGCCUCUAUGAUCUGCCGGCAAAGAGGAGGGAGCAGCAGAAGCUUCAGUCUGUCCUUGAGGAAAUACACUGCUACGAGCCUCAGCUCAACAGGCUGAAAGAGAAAGCUCAGCAGCUGUGGGAAGGACAAGCUGCCAGCAAGAGCUUUAGGCACAGAGUGUCACAGCUAUCUUCUCAGUAUCUAGCGCUAAGCAAUUUAACAAAGGAGAAAGUGUCAAGACUGGAUAGAAUUGUCGCAGAACACAAUCAGUUCUCUCUCGGGAUUAAAGAAUUACAAGACUGGAUGACGGAUGCGAUUCACAUGCUGGAUUCAUACUGCCACCCGACGUCCGACAAAAGUGUGCUGGACAGCAGGACGCUCAAGCUUGAGGCUCUCUUAUCAGUCAAACAGGAAAAAGAGAUUCAGAUGAAAAUGAUAGUGACCAGGGGAGAAUCUGUCCUUCAGAAUACCUCUCCAGAAGGCAUUCCCACUAUUCAGCAACAACUGCAGAGUGUGAAGGAUAUGUGGGCAUCCCUUUUGUCUGCAGGGAUUCGUUGUAAAAGUCAACUCGAAGGUGCUCUCUCCAAAUGGACAAGCUAUCAGGAUGACGUUCGACAGUUCUCCGGUUGGAUGGACAGCAUGGAAGCCAACCUAAAUGAGUCAGAAAGGCAGCAUGCGGAACUACGGGAUAAAAUAACUAUGCUUGGAAAAGCCAAGUUAUUAAAUGAAGAAGUGCUGAGUUACAGCAGCUUGCUGGAGACCAUCGAAGUCAAAGGGGCUGGCAUGACAGAACACUAUGUCACCCAGCUAGAGCUCCAGGAUCUACAGGAACGAUACAGAGCCAUCCAAGAGAGGGCCAAGGAAGCAGUAACAAAGUCUGAGAAACUUGUCCGCCUGCAUCAAGAGUAUCAGAGAGAUCUGAAGGGAUUUGAAGCUUGGUUGGGGCAAGAACAAGAAAAGCUCGACAAGUAUUCGGUUCUUGAAGGUGAUGCCCACACUCAUGAGACAACGUUGCGUGAUCUUCAGGAGCUCCAGGUACACUGUGCAGAGGGGCAGGCACUGUUGAACUCAGUUCUGCACACCAGAGAGGAUGUGAUCCCAUCAGGUAUUCCACAGGCAGAGGACCGGGCUUUAGAGUCCCUCCGGCAAGACUGGCAGGCCUACCAGCACAGGCUGUCUGAGACCCGAACUCACUUCAAUAACGUAGUGAACAAAUUGAGGCUGAUGGAGCAAAAGUUUCAGCAAGUAGAGGAAUGGCUAAAAACAGCAGAGGAGAAGGUUAUUCCCAGGCCCAGACGUCAGUCGAACCGGGCGACCAAGGAGAUACAGUUACAUCAGAUGAAGAAGUGGCAUGAAGAAGUGACUGCGUACAGAGAUGAAGUUGAGGAAGUGGGAGCUAGAGCUCAGGAGAUACUGGACGAGAGCCACGUGAGCAGCAGAAUGGGCUGCCAGGCCACCCAGCUGACUUCCAGAUACCAGGCCUUGCUUCUGCAAGUGCUGGAACAAAUAAAAUUCCUGGAGGAAGAGAUUCAAAGUUUGGAGGAAUCAGAAUCAUCCCUCAGUUCCUAUUCUGAUUGGUGUGGCUCUACACAUAAAAACUUCAAGAAUGUGGCUACCAAGAUUGACAAAGUAGAUACAGCAAUGAUGGGGAAGAAACUGAAGACGUUGGAGGUUUUGCUCAAAGACAUGGAAAAAGGUCACAGUUUGCUGAAAUCAGCCCGGGAGAAAGGAGAGAGGGCUGUUAAGUACUUGGAGGAAAGUGAGGCAGAGAGGUUAAGAAAAGAGAUUCAUGAUCAUGUGGAGCAGUUGAAGGAACUGACCAGCACUGUCCGGAAAGAACACAUGACCCUGGAAAAAGGUCUUCAUUUAGCAAAGGAAUUCUCGGAUAAAUGUAAAGCACUGACACAGUGGAUAGCAGAGUACCAGGAAAUCCUACAUGUUCCUGAAGAACCCAAAAUGGAAUUAUAUGAGAAAAAAGCUCAGUUAUCUAAAUACAAGUCACUUCAACAAAUGGUGCUGUCCCAUGAACCAUCGGUAAAGUCAGUGAGAGAGAAAGGUGAAGCCCUUUUGGAACUGGUGCAGGAUGUCACUUUAAAGGACAAAAUAGACCAACUGCAAAGUGAUUACCAGGACCUGUGCAGUGUAGGAAAGGAGCAUGUCUUCAGUCUGAAAGCAAAAGUCAAAGACCAUGAAGACUACAAUAGUGAGCUCCAAGAGGUUGAAAAGUGGCUGCUGCAAAUGUCCAGCAGGCUGGUGGCCCCCGACCUCCUGGAGACGAGCAGCCUGGAAACGAUCACCCAGCAACUCGCCCACCACAAGGCAAUGAUGGAAGAAAUUGCUGGUUUUGAAGACCGUUUGAACAAUCUUCAAAUGAAAGGUGAUGCUUUGAUUGGCCAGUGUGCAGACCACCUGCAAGCGAAACUGAAACAAAACGUGCAUGCUCAUGUGCAGGGUACAAAGGACAGCUACUCAGCGAUCUGCAGCACAGCUCAGAGAGUGUACCAGAGUUUGGAGCAUGAACUUCAGAAGCACGUCAGCCGACAAGACACUCUGCAGCAGUGCCAGGCCUGGCUUUCUGCAGUCCAGCCAGAUUUAGAGCCAAGCCCUCAACCACCUCUUAGUAGGGCAGAAGCCGUUAAGCAGGUCAAACACUUCAGAGCUUUGCAAGAGCAGGCAAGGACCUAUCUAGAUCUCCUCUGCUCCAUGUGUGACUUGUCAAAUGCUUCGGUGAAAACCACAGCAAAAGACAUUCAACAAACAGAGCAAAUGAUUGAACAAAGGCUUGUCCAGGCCCAGAACUUAACUCAGGGUUGGGAAGACAUCAAGCACCUGAAGGCUGAGCUCUGGAUUUACCUGCAAGAUGCAGAUCAGCAACUGCAGAACAUGAAGAGGAGGCACUCUGAACUGGAGCUGAAUAUUGCACAGAACAUGGUUUCCCAAGUUAAGGAUUUUGUUAAGAAACUACAGAGCAAACAGGCAUCCGUGAACACAAUAAUAGAAAAGGUGAAUAAGUUAACAAAGAAGGAGGAGUCACCUGAACACAAGGAAAUAAAUCAUUUAAAUGAUCAGUGGCUUGAUCUGUGCCAUCAGUCUAACAAUCUGUGCUUGCAAAGGGAAGAGGAUCUUCAGAGAACAAGAAAUUACCAUGACUGUAUGAAUGUCGUUGAAGUGUUCCUAGAAAAAUUUACUACAGAAUGGGAUAACUUGGCGAGAUCUGAUGCAGAGAGUACAGCUGUGCAUCUGGAAGCUCUGAAAAAGUUAGCAUUGGCAUUGCAGGAGAGAAAGCAUGCUAUUGAAGAUCUGAAAGAUCGAAAGCAGAAAAUGAUAGAGCAUCUGAAUUUAGAUGACAAGGAGUUAGUCAAAGAACAGACGAGUCAUUUAGAGCAACGUUGGUUUCAGCUUGAGGAUCUAAUUAAAAGGAAAAUCCAAGUGUCCAUCACCAACUUGGAGGAGUUAAAUGUGGUGCAGUCCAGAUUUCAGGAACUAAUGGAGUGGGCAGAAGAGCAACAACCCAACAUUGCUGAGGCCCUUAAGCAGAGCCCACCUCCAGAGAUGGCUCAGAACCUUCUCAUGGAUCACCUGGCCAUCUGCAGUGAACUGGAGGCCAAGCAGAUGCUCCUGAAAUCGCUCAUAAAGGAUGCAGACAGGGUGAUGGCGGAUCUUGGUCUUAAUGAGCGACAGGUCAUCCAGAAGGCUCUCUCUGAUGCACAAAGACACGUGAAUUGUCUCAGUGACUUAGUGGGCCAGCGAAGAAAGUACUUAAAUAAAGCCUUGUCUGAGAAAACCCAGUUUCUCAUGGCAGUGUUCCAGGCCACCAGCCAAAUUCAGCAACAUGAGCGAAAGAUAAUGUUCCGUGAACACAUCUGUCUGUUACCAGAUGAUGUGAGCAAACAAGUCAAAACAUGUAAGAGUGCACAAGCCAGCCUCAAGACUUACCAAAAUGAAGUCACUGGACUUUGGGCCCAGGGUCGUGAAUUAAUGAAAGGAGUCACAGAGCAGGAAAAGGGUGAGGUGCUGGGGAAGCUUCAGGAAUUGCAGAGUGUCUAUGACAGUGUUCUACAGAAGAGCAGUCACCGGUUACAAGAACUAGAGAAGAAUUUAGUUUCUAGGAAGCAUUUUAAGGAAGAUUUUGAUAAAGCUUGCCACUGGCUAAAACAGGCAGAUAUUGUUACUUUUCCUGAAAUCAACCUAAUGAAUGAGAGUGCCGAGCUUCAUACACAGCUGGCCAAAUACCAGCACAUUCUUGAACAAUCUCCAGAAUAUGAAAAUCUUCUACUGACGCUGCAGAGAACUGGGCAGACCAUCUUACCAUCACUGAAUGAUGUCGAUCAUUCCUACCUCAGUGAAAAGCUAAAUGCUUUGCCCCAACAAUUUAAUGUAAUUGUUGCCUUGGCUAAAGACAAGUUCUAUAAAGUCCAAGAAGCAAUUCUUGCUCGGAAGGAAUAUGCUUCCCUGAUUGAGUUGACCACCCAGUCUCUGAGUGAACUUGAAGCCCAAUUCUUGGGGAUGAGCAAAGUUCCCACUGACCUGGCUGUUGAGGAGGCUUCGUCUCUGCAAGAUGGUUGCAGAGCCAUUUUGGACGAAGUGGUGGGUCUUGGGGAGGCAGUGGAUGAACUGAAUCAGAAAAAAGAAGGUUUUCGCAGCACAGGUCAGCCUUGGCAACCAGACAAGAUGCUGCACCUUGUCACCUUAUAUCACAGGCUGAAGCGACAAACAGAACAAAGGGUUAGCUUAUUAGAAGACACCACCAGUGCUUACCAAGAACACGAGAAGAUGUGCCAACAGCUAGAGAGACAACUGAAGUCUGUAAAAGAAGAGCAGUCCAAAGUGAAUGAGGAAACACUGCCUGCUGAGGAGAAGCUGAAAAUGUAUCACUCCCUGGCAGGAAGUCUCCAGGACUCAGGGAUUCUACUGAAACGAGUAGCCAUACAUCUUGAAGAUCUUGCCCCACACCUUGACCCCUUGGCUUAUGAGAAAGCCAGGAAUCAGAUCCAGUCCUGGCAGGAGGAGUUAAAACUGUUGACUUCUGCCAUUGGUGAGACGGUGACAGAAUGUGAGAGCCGAAUGGUGCAGAGUAUAGACUUCCAGACUGAGAUGAGCCGCUCCCUGGAGUGGCUGAGGAGAGUGAAGGCAGAACUCAGUGGACCAAUGUCCCUAGACCUCAACCUGCAGGACAUCCAAGAGGAAAUCAGAAAGAUCCAAAUUCAUCAGGAAGAGGUCCAGUCCAGCUUAAGAAUCAUGAAUGCGCUGAGUCACAAAGAAAAGGAGAAGUUCACAAAAGCCAAGGAACUGAUUUCUGCGGAUUUAGAACACAGCCUCGCUGAGCUCUCAGAGCUAGAUGGAGACAUUCAGGAAGCCUUGCGAACCAGACAGGCUACCUUGACUGAAAUAUAUAGCCAGUGUCAAAGAUAUUAUCAGGUAUUUCAAGCAGCUAAUGACUGGCUUGAGGAUGCCCAAGAAAUGUUACAGCUGGCAGGCAAUGGCCUAGAUGUGGAGAGUGCAGAGGAAAAUCUCAAAAGCCACAUGGAGUUUUUCAGCGCAGAGGAUCAGUUCCACAGUAACCUGGAGGAGCUCCACGGCCUGGUAGCCACCCUGGACCCACUCAUCAAGCCAACCGGCAAAGAAGACCUAGCACAGAAAAUGGCUUCUCUGGAACUCAGGAGCCAGAGGAUGAGCCAAGACUCUUGUGCCCAAGUGGAUAUCUUGCAGAGAUGUGCAGCUCAAUGGCAAGAUUACCAGAAAGCAAGGGAAGAGGUUAUUGAACUGAUGAAUGAUACAGAAAAGAAAUUGUCUGAGUUUUCUUUGUUGAAGACUUCCUCUAGCCAUGAAGCAGAAGAAAAAUUGUCAGAACACCAGGCUUUAGUGUCAGUGGUUAACUCUUUCCAUGAGAAAAUUGUGGCCCUUGAGGACAAAGCUUCACAACUGGAGAAAACUGGAAAUGAUGCCAGCAAAGCCGCCCUGAGCAGGUCGAUGACCACUGUCUGGCAGCGCUGGACACGCCUUCGAGCUGUGGCCCAGGACCAAGAGAAGAUCCUGGAAGAUGCAGUGGACGAGUGGAAGGGCUUUAACAAUAAGGUUAAAAAAGCCACUGAAAUGAUUGAUCAGCUGCAAGAUAAGUUACCUGCAAGUUCAGCAGAGAAAGCCUCGAAAGCAGAACUCUUAACUCUUCUUGAAUAUCACGACACGUUCGUUCUGGAGCUGGAGCAGGAGCAGUCGGCCUUGGGCAUGCUGCGGCAGCAAGCCCUCAGCAUGCUCCAGGAUGGAGCCCUCCCUACCCCCGGAGGAGAGCCCCCACUCAUGCAGGAAAUCACCGCGAUGCAAGAUCGAUGCCUGAACAUGCAGGAGAAAGUGAAGACUAAUGGAAAGUUGGUGAAGCAAGAGCUGAAGGACCGAGAAAUGGUGGAGACUCAGAUCAAUUCUGUGAAAUGCUGGGUUCAGGAAACGAAAGAGUAUUUAGGGAAUCCAACAAUAGAAAUAGAUGCUCAACUUGAAGAACUUCAGAUUCUCCUAACAGAAGCCACAAAUCACCGACAGAACAUUGAGAAAAUGGCGGAAGAACAGAAGGAUAAGUAUUCGAGUCUUUAUACCAUAUUGCCUUCUGAACUCUCCCUUCAGUUGGCUGAAGUGGCGUUGGACCUAAAGAUCCGCGAUCAGAUCCAAGACAGAAUAAAAGAAGUUGAGCAGAGCAAGGCCAUGAGCCAGGAACUCAGCCGGCAAAUUCAGAAGAUAGCUAAAGACCUCACAACUAUUCUAACUAAGCUGAAAGCAAAGACAGAUAAUUUAGUUCAAGCUAAAACUGACCAAAAGGUGCUGGGAGAGGAAUUAGAUGACUGUAAUUCAAAGCUAAUGGAAUUAGAUGCAGCAGUACAGAAAUUCUCAGAACAGAAUGGCCAACUGGGUAAACCACUGGUCAAGAAGAUAGGAAAACUGACUGAACUUCACCAGCAGACCAUAAGGCAGGCUGAGAAUCGGCUCUCCAAGCUCAAUCAGGCAGCAUCACAUUUAGAAGAAUACAAUGAAAUGCUUGAAUUAAUUUUGAAGUGGAUUGAGAAAGCUAAAGUCUUGGCACAUGGAAAUAUUGCAUGGAAUUCUGCAAGCCAGCUUCGGGAACAAUAUAUUUUGCAUCAGACCCUGCUAGAAGAAUCCAAAGAAAUUCACAGUGACCUGGAAGCAAUGACUGAGAAAUUACACUACCUCACUAGCGUGUACUGUACAGAAAAAAUGUCUCAGCAAGUGGCAGAACUGGGACGUGAGACCGAGGAGUUGCAACAGAUGAUCAAAAUUCGUUUGCAGAACCUCCAAGAUGCAGCUAAGGAUAUGAAAAAAUUUGAAGCAGAGUUGAAAAAGUUACAAGCUGCCUUGGAGCAAGCCCAGGCAGCCCUGACUUCUCCAGAAGUUGGACGUCUCAGUCUCAAGGAGCAGCUCUCUCAUCGGCAGCAUUUGUUGUCUGAGAUGGAGUCACUGAAGCCGAAGGUACAAGCAGUGCAGAUCUGCCAGAGUGCGCUCCGGAUCCCCGAGGAUGUGGUCGCCAGCUUACCUCUCUGCCAUGCUGCUCUGCGGCUGCAGGAAGAGGCCAGCCGGCUGCAGCACACCGCCAUCCAGCAGUGCAACAUCAUGCAGGAGGCUGUGGUGCAGUAUGAACAAUAUGAGCAAGAAAUGAAGCAUCUCCAGCAACUGAUAGAAGGAGCUCACAGAGAGAUUGAGGAUAAACCUGUCUCCACCAGUAACAUACAGGAGCUACAAGCUCAGAUUUCUCGGCAUGAGGAGCUGGCGCAGAAAAUCAAGGGCUACCAGGAGCAGAUCGCCUCUUUAAAUUCCAAGUGCAAGAUGCUGACGAUGAAAGCCAAGCACGCCACCAUGCUGCUGACGGUGACCGAGGUCGAGGGGCUGGCGGAAGGGACUGAGGACCUGGAUGGGGAGCUCCUCCCCGCGCCUUCGGCCCACCCCUCUGUGGUCAUGAUGACUGCAGGUCGCUGUCACACUUUGCUGUCACCGGUCACUGAGGAGUCUGGGGAGGAGGGAACCAACAGUGAGAUUUCCUCUCCACCUGCCUGUCGCUCCCCUUCACCUGUGGCUAAUACAGAUGCUUCUGUUAACCAGGACAUUGCAUAUUACCAAGCCUUGUCUGCUGAGAGGUUGCAGACAGAUGCUGCAAAGAUUCACCCCAGCACGUCGACAUCACAGGAGUUCUAUGAACCAGGAUUGGAACCAUCUGCUACUGCCAAACUGGGUGAUUUGCAGCGUUCUUGGGAGACCUUAAAGAAUGUGAUCAGCGAGAAGCAACGCACACUCUAUGAAGCUUUGGAACGCCAGCAGAAGUACCAGGACUCCCUCCAGUCCAUCUCUACGAAGAUGGAGGCCGUUGAGCUGAAACUCAGUGAGAACCCAGCACCCGGCAGGAGUCCAGAAAGCCAGAUGGCUGAACAUCAGUCUUUCCUCCAGGCACUGAUGGAUGAGAUUCUCAUGCUCCAGGAUGAAAUCAACGACCUCCAGUCCUGUCUCGCUGAGGAGCUGGUAUCCGAGUCUUGCGAGGCCGACCCCGCGGAGCAGCUGGCCUUGCAGUCCACCCUCACUGUCUUAGCCGAGCGAAUGUCCACCAUCAGGAUGAAAGCCUCAGGGAAACGGCAGCUUUUGGAGGAGAAGCUGAAUGAUCAGCUGGAGGAACAAAGGCAGGAACAAGCCCUGCAGCGGUAUCGUUGUGAAGCUGAUGAGCUGGACAGCUGGCUCUUGAGUACCAAGGCCACUCUGGACAUCGCACUGGGUACACCCAAGGAACCCAUGGACAUGGAGGCCCAGCUUGUGGACUGCCAGAACAUGCUGGUGGAAAUAGAGCAGAAGGUGGUGGCCUUAUCAGAGCUGUCAGUCCACAAUGAGAACCUGCUGCUGGAGGGCAAAGCUCACACCAAGGAUGAGGCUGAGCAGCUGGCUGGAAAGCUGAGGAGGCUCAAGGGGAGCCUGCUGGAGCUGCAGAGAGCUCUGCACGAUAAGCAGCUCAACAUGCAGCAGGGAACAGCACAGGAGAAGGAGGAGAGUGAUGCUGACCUAACGGCCACUCAGAGCCCCGGCGUCCAGGAAUGGCUGGCCCAAGCUCGCACCACCUGGACCCACCAGCGGCAGAGCAGUCUCCAGCAACAAAAAGAGUUAGAACAGGAAUUAGCCGAGCAGAAGAGUCUCCUUCGCUCAGUAGCCAGUCGUGGAGAGGAGAUUCUAAUUCAACAUUCAGCGGCAGAGACCUCUGGUGGCGCUGGCGAAAAACCUGAUGUGUUAUCCCAGGAGUUGGGGAUGGAAGGGGAGAAGUCAUCCGCUGAAGACCAGAUGAGAAUAAAAUGGGAAAGCCUACAUCAAGAAUUUAGUACCAAGCAGAAACUACUACAGAAUGUUCUGGAACAGGAACAAGAACAAGUGCUCUAUAGCAGGCCGAAUCGACUCUUGUCUGGUGUGCCACUGUACAAAGGGGACGUGCCAACCCAAGAUAAAUCUGCAGUUACAUCUUUGCUGGAUGGCCUGAACCAAGCCUUCGAGGAGGUUUCAUCCCAGAGUGGAGGGACAAAGAGGCAGAGUAUACACUUGGAGCAGAAGUUGUAUGAUGGGGUCUCAGCUACCUCUACUUGGUUGGAUGAUGUUGAAGAACAUUUAUUUGUUGCCACAGCGCUUUUGCCAGAAGAAACAGAAACUUGUCUCUUCAACCAAGAGAUUCUUGCCAAAGAUAUUAAGGAAAUGUCUGAAGAAAUGGAUAAGAACAAGCACUUGUUUUCCCAAGCUUUUCCUGAGAAUGGUGAUAAUCGAGAUGUUAUUGAAGAUACUUUGGGUUGUCUCUUGGGCAGGUUAUCCUUGCUAGACUCAGUAGUGAAUCAACGAUGUCAUCAGAUGAAAGAAAGACUUCAGCAAAUACUAAAUUUCCAAAAUGAUCUGAAAGUGCUGUUUACAUCACUGGCCGACAACAAAUACAUCAUUCUGCAGAAACUGGCAAAUGUGUUUGAACAGCCCGUAGCAGAACAAAUAGAGGCAAUACAACAGGCCGAAGAUGGACUGAAAGAAUUGGAUGCAGGAAUCAUUGAAUUAAAGAGGCGUGGUGACAAGUUGCAGAUCGAGCAGCCGUCCAUGCAAGAACUCUCCAAGCUCCAGGACAUGUAUGAUGAACUGAUGAUGACCAUUGGCUCCCGGCGGAGUGGUCUGAACCAGAACCUUACACUCAAGAGUCAGUAUGAGAGGGCCCUCCAAGAUCUGGCUGACCUGCUGGAAACUGGUCAGGAGAAGAUGGCAGGAGACCAGAAAAUCAUCGUGUCUUCCAAAGAGGAAAUCCAACAACUACUUGACAAACAUAAGGAAUACUUUCAGGGCCUGGAAUCUCAUAUGAUCUUGACUGAAACACUCUUCAGAAAGAUAAUCAGCUUUGCAGUCCAAAAGGAAACCCAAUUCCAUACAGAGCUGAUGGCUCAGGCUUCUGCUGUACUGAAACGGGCUCACAAGAGGGGUGUGGAGCUGGAGUACAUUCUAGAGACGUGGUCCCAUCUGGAUGAGGACCAGCAGGAGCUCAGCAGACAGCUGGAGGUGGUGGAAAGCAGCAUCCCAAGCGUGGGUCUGGUGGAAGAGAAUGAGGACAGGCUUAUUGACCGUAUAACACUCUACCAGCAUUUAAAAUCUAGCCUUAAUGAAUACCAGCCCAAAUUAUAUCAAGUAUUAGAUGACGGGAAACGACUUCUGAUAUCCAUCAGCUGCUCAGAUCUAGAAAGCCAACUAAAUCAACUUGGAGAGCACUGGCUAAGUAACACCAACAAAGUGUCUAAGGAACUUCACAGAUUGGAAACAAUAUUGAAACACUGGACCAGAUAUCAAAGUGAAUCUGCAGAUCUAAUUCACUGGUUACAAUCUGCAAAAGACAGGCUAGAAUUUUGGACUCAGCAAUCUGUGACAGUUCCACAAGAGCUGGAAAUGGUCCGUGAUCAUCUAAAUGCUUUCCUGGAGUUUUCUAAAGAAGUAGAUGCCAAAUCUUCCCUGAAAUCAUCUGUACUGAGUACUGGAAAUCAGCUUCUUCGACUAAAGAAGGUGGACACAGCCACGCUACGCUCUGAGCUGUCACACAUUGAUAGCCAGUGGACUGACCUGCUAACCAAUAUUCCAGCCGUCCAGGAGAAGCUCCACCAGCUCCAGAUGGAUAAACUGCCUUCCCGCCAUGCCAUUUCUGAAGUCAUGAGUUGGAUUUCUCUAAUGGAAAAUGUUAUUCAGAAGGAUGAAGAUAACAUUAAAAAUUCCAUAGGUUACAAGGCAAUUCAUGAAUAUCUUCAGAAAUAUAAGGGUUUUAAGAUAGACAUUAACUGUAAACAGUUGACAGUGGAUUUUGUGAACCAGUCUGUGCUACAAAUCAGCAGUCAGGAUGUGGAAAGUAAACGUAGUGAUAAGACUGAUUUUGCUGAGCAACUUGGAGCAAUGAAUAAAAGUUGGCAAAUUCUGCAAGGUCUAGUAACUGAGAAGAUCCAGCUGUUGGAAGGCUUAUUGGAAUCUUGGUCAGAAUAUGAAAGUAAUGUACAAUGUCUGAAAACAUGGUUUGAAACCCAGGAAAAAAGACUAAAACAACAGCAUCGAAUUGGAGAUCAGGCUUCUGUUCAAAAUGCACUGAAAGACUGUCAGGAUCUGGAAGAUUUGAUUAAAGCAAAAGAAAAAGAAGUAGAGAAAAUUGAGCAGAAUGGACUUGCUUUGAUUCAGAACAAGAAAGAAGACGUCUCCGGCGUUGUCUUGAGCACACUGGGAGAACUGAGCCAAACCUGGGCGAAUUUAGAUCACAUGGUUGGACAAUUACAGAUACUGUUGAAAUCAGUGCUUGACCAAUGGAGCAAUCACAAAGCAGCUUUUGACGAAAUAAACAGUUACCUCAUGGAGGCCAGAUAUUCUCUUUCCCGAUUCCGUCUGCUCACUGGCUCCUUAGAAGCUGUGCAAGUUCAGGUAGACAAUCUUCAGAAUCUUCAAGAUGAUCUAGAGAAACAGGAGACGAGCUUACAGAAAUUCGGCUCUAUCACCAACCAACUAUUAAAAGAGUGUCAGCCACCUGUGACGGAAACUCUUACCAAUACACUGAAAGAAGUCACCAUGAGAUGGAAUAACUUGCUGGAGGAGAUUGCUGAGCAGCUAUACUCCAGCAAGGCCCUACUUCAGCUUUGGCAAAGAUACAAGGACUACUCCAAACAGUGCUCUUCAACGGUUCAGCAGCAGGAGGACAGAACCAAUGAGCUCUUGAAGGCAGCCACGAACAAGGACAUCGCCGAUGAUGAGGUUGCUACAUGGAUUCAAGAUUGCAACGACCUCCUCAAAGGACUAGGCACAGUUAAAGAUUCCCUCUUCGUUCUGCAUGAGCUGGGAGAGCAACUCAAGCAGCAAGUGGAUGCUUCAGCGGCAUCAGCCAUUCAAUCGGACCAACUCUCUUUGAGUCAACACUUGUGUGCCCUAGAGCAGGCUCUCUGCAAACAACAGACCUCGUUACAGGCUGGAGUUCUUGAUUAUGAAACCUUUGCCAAGAGUUUAGAAGCUUUGGAGGCCUGGAUAGUGGAAGCUGAAGAAAUACUACAAGGGCAGGACCCUAGCCACUCAUCUGACCUCUCUACCAUCCAGGAAAGGAUGGAAGAACUUAAGGGACUGAUGUUAAAAUUCAGCAGCAUGGCUCCAGAUUUAGACCGUCUAAAUGAGCUUGGAUAUAGGUUACCCUUGAAUGAUAAGGAAAUCAAAAGGAUGCAGAAUCUGAACCGCCAUUGGUCUCUGAUCUCCUCUCAGACGACAGAAAGAUUCAGCAAGUUACAGUCAUUUUUGCUACAACAUCAGACUUUCUUGGAAAAAUGUGAAACAUGGAUGGAAUUCCUACUUCAAACAGAACAAAAGUUAGCAGUAGAGAUUUCAGGAAAUUAUCAGCAUCUUUUGGAACAGCAGAGAGCACAUGAGUUGUUUCAAGCCGAGAUGUUCAGUCGUCAGCAGAUUUUACACUCAAUCAUUAUUGAUGGGCAGCGUCUUCUAGAACAAGGUCAAGUUGAUGACAGAGAUGAAUUCAACCUGAAAUUGACACUCCUCAGUAAUCAGUGGCAAGGAGUGAUUCGCAGGGCCCAGCAGAGGCGGGGGAUCAUUGACAGCCAGAUUCGCCAGUGGCAACGCUACAGGGAGAUGGCAGAAAAGCUUCGUAAAUGGUUGGUUGAAGUGUCCUACCUCCCCAUGAGUGGUCUCGGAAGUGUUCCUAUACCACUGCAACAAGCAAGGACCCUCUUUGAUGAAGUGCAGUUCAAAGAAAAGGUUUUCCUGCGGCAGCAAGGCAGCUACAUCCUGACUGUGGAGGCUGGCAAGCAACUCCUUCUCUCGGCGGACAGUGGAGCUGAGGCUGCUUUGCAGGCCGAACUCACUGAGAUCCAAGAGAAAUGGAAAUCAGCCAGCAUGCGGCUGGAGGAACAGAAGAAAAAACUAGCCUUCUUGUUGAAAGACUGGGAAAAAUGUGAGAAAGGAAUAGCAGAUUCGCUGGAGAAACUACGAACUUUCAAAAAGAAGCUUUCCCAGUCUCUACCGGAUCACCAUGAAGAGCUCCAUGCAGAACAAAUGCGCUGCAAGGAAUUAGAAAAUGCAGUUGGGAGCUGGACAGAUGACUUGACCCAGUUGACCCUACUGAAGGACACCCUCUCUGCCUAUAUCAGUGCUGAUGAUAUCUCCAUUCUUAAUGAACGCAUAGAGCUUCUGCAAAGGCAGUGGGAAGAGCUAUGCCACCAGCUCUCCUUAAGGCGGCAGCAAAUAAGUGAAAAAUUGAAUGAAUGGGCAAUCUUCAGUGAAAAGAACAAGGAACUCUGUGAGUGGUUGACUCAAAUGGAAAGCAAGGUUUCCCAGAAUGGAGACAUUCUCAUUGAAGAGAUGAUAGAGAAGCUCAAGAAGGAUUAUCAAGAGGAAAUUGCUAUUGCUCAAGAGAACAAAAUACAGCUCCAACAAAUGGGAGAACGACUUGCUAAAGCCAGCCAUGAAAGCAAAGCCUCUGAGAUUGAGUACAAGCUGGGAAAGGUCAACGACCGGUGGCAGCAUCUCCUGGACCUCAUUGCAGCCAGGGUGAAGAAGCUGAAGGAGACCCUGGUGGCUGUACAGCAGCUUGAUAAGAAUAUGAGUAUCCUGAGGACCUGGCUUGCUCACAUCGAGUCAGAGCUGGCCAAGCCGAUAGUCUAUGAUUCCUGUAACUCAGAAGAAAUACAGAGAAAGCUUAAUGAGCAGCAGGAGCUUCAGAGAGACAUAGAGAAGCAUAGUACCGGUGUGGCAUCUGUCCUCAACCUGUGUGAAGUCCUGCUGCAUGACUGUGACGCCUGUGCCACUGAUGCUGAGUGUGACUCCAUCCAGCAGGCCACGAGAAACCUGGACCGGCGGUGGAGAAACAUUUGUGCUAUGUCCAUGGAAAGGAGACUGAAAAUCGAAGAGACGUGGCGAUUGUGGCAGAAAUUUCUGGAUGACUAUUCGCGUUUUGAAGAUUGGCUCAAGAUUUCAGAAAGGACAGCUGCUUUUCCCAGCUCUUCUGGAGUGAUAUAUACAGUUGCCAAGGAGGAACUAAAGAAAUUUGAGGCUUUCCAGCGACAGGUCCACGAGUGCCUGACGCAGCUGGAACUGAUCAACAAGCAGUACCGCCGCCUGGCCAGAGAAAACCGCACCGAUUCAGCCUGUAGCCUCAAACAGAUGGUUCACGAAGGCAAUCAGAGAUGGGACAACUUGCAGAAGCGUGUCACCUCCAUCUUGCGCAGACUCAAGCAUUUUAUUGGCCAGCGUGAGGAGUUUGAGACUGCACGGGACAGCAUUCUGGUCUGGCUCACAGAGAUGGAUCUGCAGCUCACUAAUAUUGAACAUUUUUCUGAGUGUGAUGUUCAAGCUAAAAUAAAGCAACUCAAGGCCUUCCAGCAGGAAAUUUCGUUGAACCACAAUAAGAUUGAGCAGAUAAUUGCCCAGGGAGAACAGCUGAUAGAAAAGAGUGAGCCCCUGGAUGCGGCGGUUAUCGAGGAAGAGCUGGAUGAGCUCCGACGGUACUGCCAGGAGGUCUUCGGGCGUGUGGAAAGAUACCAUAAGAAACUGAUCCGCCUGCCUCUCCCAGACGAUGAGCACGACCUGUCGGACAGGGAGCUGGAGCUGGAAGACUCUGCGGCUCUGUCGGACCUGCACUGGCAAGACCGCUCUGCAGACAGCGUGCUUUCUCCGCAGCCUUCCUCCAACCCCUCCCUCUCACUCGCUCAGCCCCUCCGGAGCGAGCGGUCGGGACGAGACACCCCGGCUAGCGUGGACUCCAUCCCCCUGGAGUGGGAUCACGACUAUGACCUCAGUCGGGACCUGGAAUCUGCAGUGUCCAGAGCUCUGCCCUCUGAGGAUGAAGAUGGUCGGGACGACAAAGAUUUCUACCUCAGAGGAGCUGUUGGCUUAUCAGAUGUAAUGAUCCCUGAAAGCCCCGAGGCCUAUGUAAAACUCACAGAAAAUGCAAUCAAAAAUACCUCUGGGGACCACAGUGCCCUAGAGUCACAGAUCCGACAGCUGGGCAGAGCCCUGGAUGAGAGCCGCUUUCAGAUACAGCAAACCGAAAAUAUCAUUCGCAGCAAAACUCCCACGGGGCCGGAGCUAGACACCAGCUACAAAGGCUACAUGAAACUGCUGGGCGAAUGCAGUGGCAGUAUAGACUCGGUGAAGAGACUGGAGCACAAGCUGAAGGAGGAAGAGGAGAGCCUUCCUGGCUUUGUGAACCUGCAUAGUACCGAAACCCAAAUGGCUGGUGUGAUUGACCGAUGGGAGCUUCUCCAGGCCCAGGCACUGAGCAAGGAGUUGAGGAUGAAGCAGAACCUCCAGAAGUGGCAACAGUUUAACUCGGACUUGAACAGCAUCUGGGCCUGGCUGGGGGACACGGAGGAGGAGCUGGAGCAUCUCCAGCAUCUGGAGCUCAGCACUGACAUCCAGACCAUCGAGCUCCAGAUCAAAAAGCUCAAGGAGCUCCAGAAGGCUGUGGACCACCGCAAAGCCAUCAUCCUCUCCAUCAAUCUCUGCAGCCCCGAGUUCACCCAGGCUGACAGCAAGGAGAGCCAGGACCUGCAGGAUCGCCUGUCACAGAUGAAUGGGCGCUGGGACCGAGUGUGCUCCCUGCUGGAGGAGUGGCGGAUCCUGCUGCAGAAUGCACUGAUGCAGUGCCAGGGUUUCCAUGAAAUGAGCCAUGGUUUGCUUCUUAUGCUGGAGAACAUCGACAGAAGGAAAAAUGAAAUUGUCCCUAUUGAUCCUAGCCUUGAUGCAGAGGUACUUCAGGACCAUCACAAACAGCUUAUGCAAAUAAGGCAUGAGCUGUUGGAAUCCCAGCUCAGAGUAGCCUCAUUGCAAGACAUGUCUUGCCAACUGCUGGUGAAUGCUGAAGGAGCAGACUGUUUAGAAGCCAAAGAAAAAGUCCAUGUUAUUGGAAAUCGGCUCAAACUUCUCUUGAAGGAGGUCAGUCGUCAUAUCAAGGAACUGGAGAAGUUAUUAGACGUGUCAAGUAGUCAGCAGGAUUUGUCUUCCUGGUCCUCUGCUGAUGAACUGGACACCUCAGGGUCUGUGAGUCCCACAUCAGGAAGGAGCACCCCAAACAGACAGAAAACGCCACGAGGCAAGUGUAGUCUCUCACAGCCUGGACCCUCUGUCAGCAGUCCACAUAGCAGGUCCACAAAAGGUGGCUCCGAUUCCUCCCUUUCUGAGCCUGGACCAGCUCGGUCGGGCCGCUCCUUCCUGUUCAGAGUCCUCCGAGCAGCUCUUCCCCUUCAGCUUCUCCUGCUGCUCCUCAUCGGGCUUGCCUGCCUUGUACCCAUGUCAGAGGAAGACUACAGCUGUGCCCUCUCCAACAACUUUGCCCGAUCAUUCCACCCCAUGCUCAGAUACACGAAUGGCCCUCCUCCACUCUGAACUAAGCAGAUGCCAUCUGCAGAAGUACUGGCAGCAUAAGGAGGAUCGAGUCAUAAGCAAUCCCAAACUAUCAACAAGAGGACCUCGAUCUUGCCAAAAGCCCUUGGUGUAGCAGCUUUAGCUCUCCUCUAGAUCACACGUGUGAAAUCAUGGCUUCGGAGGUGGAGGAUAAACAGUGACAGGAGAGCAAACAGAUGACAAGAAGCUUUGGAAGAAAUCUGGUUUGAGACUCUGAACCUUAGCACUAAAGAGAGUGAGUAAGGACCUCCAGAGGUCCCUGGACUCGUGAAUUCUCAGCCCUUGGCUCUUUCUAUGCAUAGCCAAGGACUUCAGUAGACCAUCUGGGCAGCGUUCCCGUGGUGCUGCUCUAACCAUCAGAUAAACAACCCUCCCAAGCUCCAUGUCAGUGUCGUACAAUCUACCAACCAACCAGUGCUGAAGAGAUUUUAGAACCUUGUAACAUACAAUUUUUAAGAGCUUAUACGGCAGAUUCCUUUUUACCUUGUUUUUCUUUGGGGCAUGAUGUUUUAACCUUUGCUUUAGAAGCACAAGCUGUAAAUCUAAAAGGCACUUUUUUUAGAGGUAUAAAGAAAAACUAGAUGUAAUAAAUAAGAUCAUGGAAGGCUUUAUGUGAAAAAAGUUGAAUGUUAUAGUAAAAACAAAGAUAUUUAUGAAUGUACAGUUUGCUAAAGCCAAGUUUUGUUUGUAUUGAUUUCUUUGCAUUUAUUAUAGAUAUUAUAAAAUA